AUGGCGGAUAAUGCGUGGCCGUGGCAAAAGAUCAUUCGGAUGCGAGAUACCAGUUAUGCGGUGCUUGAUGAAUUGGCUUAUUAUAGAGAAAUUUAUGCAACAAGCGGCAGCUGCAAAGGUGAAGAAUAUGUACUACCUCCAUUCUCCUCGUUUAUUGCAGAUGAUGCUAAAGUUUCGAGAACACUAGUGACACAAGGAAAGCGAUUUGAUUUUAUCUUACUGGAUCCGCCAUGGCCCAACAGAUCAGUGAAGAGGAAAUCUACUUAUACAACUCAUGGCGAAGUUGAGCUAUUGCUGGACUUAUACAUACAGGAACUUUUGAAAGAAUCGGGUUUGUUGGCAUUUUGGAUAACAAACAGCCCAGGAAUACUUCACUUCGUUGAUGAAUUUAUCGACCGUCAUGAAUUUGAAAAAAUCGCAACUUGGCGGUGGCUUAAGGUGACGAGAACCGGUGAGCCGGUGUACAGCCUUGAAAGUAAGCAUAAACAGCCAUUCGAAAGUGUUAUUUUCAUUUGCAACAACAAUUUGGAGUUCUACCGGGAAAAGAUUGUCGAUGAGUUCGUUCUGAUUAGGUAA